AUGCAAACCAACCUGAAAACUAAAGAAAUGUUUAUAGUACGAGCUUUGGAAAAGAUUUUAGCGGAUAAGGAUAUCAAAAGAUCCUAUCAUAAUCAGCUGAAAAAGUCCUGUGAAGUGGCUCUUGAGGAAAUAAAAACAGAAUUGAAAAAUGGAGGGCAGCCAGAUUCAUCAGAAAGUCCAUCGUCAGGAACACUGCCACUACCAAAAAAUGAUGCCUCAAAUGUCAUCACGGCUGAAAAGUAUUUUUUGCCAUUUGAGUUGGCAUGUCAGAGUAAAGCAUCGCGAAUAGUUGUCACGGCUUUGGACUGUCUACAGAAACUUAUUGCAUAUGGGCAUUUAACCGGAAACAUUCCUGAUUCAACUACACCUAGAAAGUUGUUAAUAGAUCGAAUUGUAGAGACAAUAUGCAGUUGUUUUAAUGGUCCACAGACGGAUGAAGGUGUUCAACUUCAGAUAAUUAAAGCUCUUUUGACUGUUAUAACAAGCCAACAUGUAGAAGUCCAUGAAGGCACAGUACUCCUCGCUGUUAGAACUUGCUAUAACAUCUACUUAGCUAGUAAAAAUCUUAUAAACCAAACCACAGCAAGGGCUACUCUGACUCAGAUGCUUAAUGUUAUAUUUACGAAAAUGGAAAAUCAAGCAUUGGAAUCUGAGACGAAUGCCAACACUCAAAUUGAAAGUCAUACUAAAAUUUCUAAUGGUAAUAUAGUAUCCGAUGAAGGUGCUGUUAAUCAUGUAAGUAAUGAUAAUAAAGAUAACACUCCUGUACCUGAUGAACCUGUAGAUGAAAUGCUAGAAGCGAAAAUUAUCGCAAAACAAAUAGUCGAUUCUGUGAUUGAUAAUGCUAUCACAAUAGCUUCAAAGAAAACUGAAGAUGAUUCCAACCAAAACAUACCAGACAAUAAUGAAAAUCCCUCAGACUCUCAAGAUAGUGUAAGCGUAUCUCAGGAAAGCAGUGAACAAAUACCAAAUGAACCAACGAUUGCAAGGAUACCAUCACAAGAGAGUGUAGAUGUUGCUUCUGAAAAUGACAAUUCAGUCACGGCUAAAUUUACACAUAUUCUUCAAAAAGAUGCAUUCCUAGUUUUCAGAGCUCUUUGUAAACUCUCAAUGAAACCUCUACCAGAAGGUACACCUGAUCCUAAGUCACAUGAACUGAGAUCAAAAAUUUUAUCAUUACACUUACUUCUUUCUAUCUUACAAAAUGCUGGACCUGUGUUUCGAAACAAUGAAAUGUUUAUAACCGCCAUAAAGCAGUACUUAUGUGUUGCCCUAUCAAAAAAUGGAGUCAGUUCUGUGCCAGAAGUGUUCGAACUCUCACUGGCGAUAUUCCUUGCACUUCUUCAGAAUUUCAAAGUCCACCUCAAAAAACAAAUUGAAGUGUUUUUCAAGGAGAUUUUUAUGAGUAUUUUGGAAACAUCCAGUUCUUCAUUUGAACAUAAGUGGAUGGUGAUUCAAGCACUAACUAGAAUUUGCGGUGAUGCGCAAAGCGUUGUAGAUAUUUACGUUAAUUAUGAUUGUGAUCUUUCAGCAGCUAAUCUAUUUCAGAGAUUAGUGAAUGAUGUAUCCAAGAUUGCGCAAGGUAGACAAGCAUUAGAAUUAGGCGCCACACCUAAUCAAGAAAAAUCUAUGCGUAUUAGGGGCCUUGAAUGUCUAGUAUCAAUUCUAAAGUGCAUGGUAGAAUGGAGUAAAGAACUUUACAUCAAUCCUAAUAUGCAAACAACAUUAGGUGAGAGAACGGCAAAAGAAGAUUCCGAUCAUCAUAGUAUUAAAUCCCAUGGAGGCUCCAGUCUUAGUCUGAUUUCAACAGGGUCUAGUAAUGUUGGUAAUAGAGAAACAUUAGAUUCACCUGAGCAAUUUGAAGUUCUGAAACAGCAGAAAGAAGUUUGGGAAACUGGUAUUGAUCUUUUUAACAGAAAACCUAAAAAAGGUGUUGCAUUUUUACAAGAACAGGGAUUAUUGGGAACAUCUACAAAAGAAAUAGCUGAAUGGCUAAUUAAUGAUGAGAGAAUCGAUAAAAUAUUUAUAGGAGAAUAUUUAGGCGAAAAUGACGAUCAUUCUAAAGAAGUCAUGUAUGCUUAUGUAGAUUCUAUGAAUUUUUCUAAUAUGGAUAUUGUAGCAGCAUUGCGACAUUUCUUAGAAGGAUUUAGAUUACCUGGUGAAGCGCAAAAAAUUGACAGACUUAUGGAAAAAUUUGCGGCCAGAUAUUGCGAAUGCAAUCCGAACAAUACGUUGUUUAUGAGCGCCGACACCGUCUACGUAUUAGCAUUUUCCAUAAUAAUGCUCACGACAGAUUUGCAUUCGCCACAAGUCAAGAAUAAAAUGACAAAGGAACAAUACAUCAAGUUAAACAGUGGCAUUAGUGACAACCAUGAUCUGCCUCGUGAAUAUCUGUCGCAGAUUUAUGACGAAAUUGCUGGUCAUGAAAUUAAAAUGAAAAAUACGUCAAAACCAGGAAAACUUAUGAUUUCUAACGAAAAAAAACGUAAAUUAGUAUGGAAUAUGGAGAUGGAACAAAUAUCCACAGCUGCUAAGAAUUUAAUGGAAUCCGUAUCACACGUUCAAACGCCGUUUACAACAGCCAAACACGUUGAACAUGUACGACCAAUGUUUAAAAUGGCGUGGACUCCGUUCCUUGCGGCCUUUUCAGUGGGGCUGCAAGAUUGUGACGACACGGAAAUCGCUUCACUGUGUUUAGACGGAAUAAGAUGCGCCAUUCGUAUUGCUUGCAUUUUCCACAUGUCUUUAGAAAGAGACGCGUAUGUGCAAGCCCUUGCGCGAUUCACCUUACUUACGGCGAACUCACCAAUAACGGAAAUGAAGGCGAAAAAUAUUGACACCAUAAAAACUUUGAUUACUGUAGCGCAUACGGAUGGAAACUACUUAGGAAAUAGCUGGUUAGAUGUAGUCAAGUGCAUUUCCCAACUCGAAUUAGCUCAGCUUAUAGGCACAGGAGUUCGACCUCAAUUUUUAUCCGGAUCGGGUAUUAAGCCUCAGCCAGAUUCAUUGAAGUUUAGCCUUAUGACUUUAGACCCAAGUGUGAAAGAACAUAUUGGAGAGACCAGUUCGCAAAGUGUUGUGGUAGCUGUUGACAGAAUUUUCACGGGAUCGACAAGGCUCGACGGUGACGCAAUUGUUGACUUCGUUAAAGCCCUUUGUCAAGUGUCACUUGACGAAUUGAGUCAUCCCACAAAUCCUCGAAUCUUUUCUCUACAAAAAAUUGUUGAAAUAUCAUACUACAAUAUGGGUAGGAUUAGGCUACAGUGGUCGCGUAUUUGGCAAGUUCUUGGUGACCACUUUAACAAAGUAGGCUGCAGUAGCAACGAAGAUAUCGCCUUCUUCGCCGUUGACUCCUUGAGACAACUUUCGAUGAAGUUUAUAGAAAAAGGCGAAUUUGCUAACUUCAAGUUCCAAAAAGACUUUUUGCGACCUUUUGAACAUAUAAUGAAGAAAAAUAGCUCUCCUACAAUACGUGAUAUGGUUGUGAGAUGUAUUGCGCAAAUGGUGAACUCUCAGGCUCCAAAUAUUAAAUCUGGUUGGAAGAAUAUUUUCUCGGUGUUCCACUUGGCAGCAAGUGAUCAAGAUGAAGCGAUCGUUGAUUUAGCAUUCCAAACGACUGGAAAAAUUAUAACAGAACUAUACGAAAAACAGUUUCCUGCAAUGAUUGAUUCUUUCCAAGAUGCAGUCAAAUGUCUUUCUGAGUUUGCCUGCAAUGCGAAAUUUCCCGAUACGUCCAUGGAGGCCAUUAGAUUGGUAAGAUCUUGUGCAACAGCUGUUGGGGCAUCUCCGCAACUUUUUGCAGAGCAUGCGGGACUAGAGGGUGAACCUGGUGCUCCUGAAGAAGACAGAGUUUGGCUGAGAGGGUGGUUCCCACUAUUGUUCUCAUUGUCAUGCGUCGUAAGCCGUUGCAAAUUAGACGUCCGAACUCGAGGACUCACAGUCCUAUUUGAAAUUAUUAAAACACAUGGUGAUUCAUUCCGUCCGCAUUGGUGGAGAGAUCUGUUCAAUAUUCUGUUCAGAAUCUUUGACAAUAUGAAAUUACCUGAACAUCAAUUAGAGAAGAAUGAAUGGAUGACUACAACAUGCAACCACGCGUUGUAUGCGAUUGUCGACGUCUUCACGCAGUACUUCGACAUUCUUGGUUCUCUCUUACUUGAACAACUCUACGCCCAACUGCAUUGGUGCGUCCAACAGGAUAACGAGCAACUAGCCAGGUCUGGCACGAAUUGCUUAGAAAAUCUAGUCAUAUCGAAUGGAAUGAAAUUUAGUGAAGAUACCUGGAGCAAGACUUGUCAGAUCAUGCUGGAUAUAUUCAACAGUACAUUGCCUACCACCUUACUUACAUGGAAGCCGGACGAAAAUGACGAUGGCGAGACUCCACAUGUUCGUCACGGAAUCUUGAAAAAACCGCAAGUAGGGGACGAAGCGAAAUCCUCUAACCGAAUAUUUAAUAGUCUUCUGAUAAAAUGCGUGGUGCAACUUGAAUUGAUUCAAACGAUUGAUAACAUUGUCUUCUACCCGGCGACAUCUAGAAAAGAAGACGCCGAGACGUUGGCUUUAGCAGCCGCUGAACUUACUGGCGGUACUCCGGGAGCAGAGCAAGAAUGUCAGCGUGAAGAACAAGGAAUGUAUAGGCUACUUAGCUCGCCGCAUUUGCUGCGACUCGUGGAAUGCUUGAUGUGCAGCCAUCGGUUCGCAAAAACUUUUAACACUAACAACGCGCAGCGAAAUGUGCUGUGGAAGGCAAAUUUCAAAGGAUCAGUGAAACCCAACAUGUUGAAACAGGAAACUCAGUCGCUUGCCUGUGUGAUGCGGAUCUUAUUCAAAAUGUACAGUGACGAAGCCAGGCGGAAUCACUGGCCUGCUGUACAAAAGAGUUUAAUAAAUAUCUGUUGCGAAGCGCUGGAGUAUUUCGUCGGAUUGACCAACGAAGCUCAUAGAGAUGCAUGGACAUCUAUUCUACUGCUGAUUCUCACACGGAUACUGAAGAUGCCCGAUGAAAGGUUUGCGGCACACGUAUCCAGCUACUACCCGCUUCUGUGUGAGAUCACAUGCUUCGACCUAAAGCCGGAGCUACGCACUGUACUGCGGCGCGUCUUCAUACGCAUCGGACCCGUGUUUAAUAUCGUCAAAAUGCAAUAA